CUUAAAGACGUUUGUGUGCUAGUACCUUGAAGGAAGUGGAUCGACACUACAGCUGCGUCUUGUCGCUUGUCUAGAACCUAGAGCGGAGCUUAGCGUGCCGAUAUGUCUGAUCCUAAGGCUGAAAAACAAAACCAGGAGAAAGGAGGGGGGUGCAGCACUGAUGCGGAAAUGGUACAACAACAACAGCAGCAACAACUACCACAGAGUCAGACACAGGUGGAAAUGAACGACCUAAACGUGGUAGAGGGACAAAACACACAGCAAACUCAGAGUCAAGCGCUGAUUCCACAAGAUGAGAUACAAGGGAAGUCUAAGUUCGUGUUCUUUAAGAAGGUGCGGACCGGGCCGCCCAAAGUCAGACCCCCUCUAGGGAUGAAUGCUUACGCACAGAAGAAGACCAUGGCGCAAGGAUUCAUGGACAUGGCACUUCUCACGGCUAACGCCGCACAGCUAAAGCUUAUUAUGGUGGAGGGUCAUGACGGCCGGAUCCCGUUCUUUGACUUCAUCGUGGCGCUGCUGGGACUGUCCAUCGCGUUCCAGAUCGUGGUGGGAGUUCUGCUGCUGUUCAAGUCUCAGUACAACAUCGAGCAGCAUCACGACCAACACAGGGCAGACAGAGCCAACAACUGGGCUACGGGACUGGUCAUGUUAAUCACAGUUUUAAACGUCUUCAUAUCUGCUUUCAUCAUGCUGGAGGACAGCUCAAAAUCGCCAGAUGGCGCUAGUACUACAUCAACUUCUCCCACUGCAGUACCACAAGCGCCGGCGGCGGCGCUCAUAACGCCAGCGGAGUCCUCAACAGACCUAAAAAUGCCUGAGACUACGAAUUCUAACCACAAACCCCUGGUGGAACAGACGCAAGAAGAAGGACAAGACGUUUCUCAAACACAGGUGUUGAUUCCAGAGGUAGAUCAACAUCAACAUCAUGAUCAUCAGAAGAAACCGAGGUUUAAAAACAUGCGAGCUAUGAUGAAGGGACCGAGCACGAAGGACUGUAAACUGGACAAGAACAGUUUCACCCACAAGAAGACCAUGGCGCAAGGCUUCAUGGACAUGGCGCUGAUGACGGCAAACGCCGCACAGCUCAAACUUGUGCUGUAUGAGGGCAGACAGGGUCGUAUCUUCCUGUUUGAGUUCGUGAUGUUCCUGCUGGUGUGUUCCAUCAUCGUGCAGAUCCUGGUGGGGAUUCUGUUAUUCAUCAAGUCCCGCUACAACAUAGACAACGAGGAUCACCACAAAUACUGCGAAAUGGCCAACAACUGGGCUACAGGACUGGUGAUGAUCGUCACUAUCCUCAACGUCUUCAUUUCGGCCUUCGUCAUGGUCGACCAGCCCGGGGACUCAUCUACGCAUGCGCCAACGGUUGCUGGGCAACCGGCUGUUCCCACGGUUGGUCUGCCUCCCUCUGGAAUAGUAGUAACAGGUGACCGUGGGAUACUAAACACACACCCCAUCGAUAACUACCACCGGAGUGCUGAAUACAACAUGCGUGUGACCCACGUGUUCUACAGAUUAAUCUAG